UCGAGCAGAACGAGCUCUUCUUCCUAUCUUAGCGCGUCUCCGGUUAUUUGGUUUUAUUAGUAAAUAAACCGAAGUUCUUUUUGUUUCACUCGCCAGUUUUUAUUUACAUUUCCCCUUUCUGAAAACUGUUAUUUAUAUUACAGAUGAACUUUUCAUUUUUGAGUUAGAUUCCGUCUUAUAUAAUUAGCUGUUUCAUUCAUUCCUCAUUUGGUCAUAUCUAAAUUAAAUAUUCUUAAGGAUCUGUUCCUUUUCGUGGAUAAAUCAUCCGGAAAGUUUUGUAUUUUUUUCCACCUAAAAGGAUUUUAAGGACUUCCUGCUACAUCUUCUAAAGCUCCAAAAUGCCCUCUGAGAAACAGCCUGCUGCUAAAAUUGAGAUGAAGAAUUUAAACACCUGUGGAGAUGAUGACAACAGCAGCACCAACAGCACUGACUUCCCUUACCCAAGUGUGAAGAAGGUCCCACUGGAUGGCCAAUAUCCUGACUUUGAUGCAGAGAGUCAAAACUUCCUCCCUGAACAUAAUCCGGGCAAGAAGAAGUAUGAGACUGAAUAUCACCAGGGAAGUGCUUCCUUUGGUAUGUCCGUCUUCAACCUGGGCAACGCCAUCAUGGGCAGUGGCAUCCUGGGUUUGUCCUACGCCAUGGCCAACACUGGCAUCGCCCUGUUUGUGAUUCUUCUCGUGGCUGUCGCCAUCUUCUCUUUGUAUUCUGUCCAUUUGCUGCUGAAAACAGCUAAUGAAGGAGGUGCACUAGUUUACGAACAGCUGGGUUACAAAGCCUUUGGGAUACCAGGCAAACUCGCAGCCUCCUGCUCCAUCACCAUGCAGAACAUCGGAGCCAUGUCAAGCUACCUCUACAUCGUCAAAUACGAGCUUCCUAUUGUCAUUCAAGCUUUCACAGGAACCAGCAAUGGAGAAUGGUACACUAAUGGAGACUACCUGGUGCUGCUGGUGUCGGUUAUCAUCAUCUUGCCCCUUUCACUUCUCAGGAACUUGGGUUAUCUUGGAUACACCAGUGGUCUGUCUCUUCUCUGCAUGGUUUUUUUCCUGAUUGUGGUGAUAAUCAAGAAGUUUCAGAUCCCAUGUCAUCAGCUAGAUGAUGAUGUUGUGACUGAAACUAUGACAAUGCUGAACGGCACCACAUUGAGCAUCAAUAUCACUGCCAAGGACCAUAAUGAGGACACCUGCAAGCCCAAAUACUUUGUGUACAACACACAGACUGUCUAUGCUGUACCCAUCUUGACCUUCGCCUUUGUGUGCCACCCUGCCAUCCUGCCCAUGUAUGAUGAGCUCAAAGACCGUUCGCGCAGGAAGAUGCAGGGAGUUGCCAAUGUGUCCUUUCUGGGAAUGUUCAUUAUGUAUCUGCUGGCUGCCCUCUUUGGAUACCUCACCUUCAACAUCCAUGUGGAGCCUGAACUGCUGCACACUUACUCCAAGUAUUACAAGUAUGAUGUGCUGCUGCUGAUCGUUCGUCUGGCCGUGCUGACUGCCGUCACCCUCACCGUCCCUGUGGUUCUCUUCCCUAUUCGUACCUCGAUCAACCAGCUACUGUGCCCCUCUAAGGACUUCAGCUGGGUUCGUCAUACCAUUAUCACUUUUGUUUUGCUGGCUGGCACCAACACCCUGGUCAUCUUCGUACCCACCAUCAGAGAUAUCUUUGGCUUUAUUGGUGCCUCUGCAGCUUGUAUGCUCAUCUUUAUCCUGCCCUCAGCUUUCUACAUCAAACUAGUUAAGAAGGAGCCCAUGAAAUCUUUGCAAAAGAUCGGGGCCUUUGCCUUCCUGAUAUGUGGAAUAUUGGUCAUGGUGUUUAGCAUGAGUCUUAUCAUCGUGGACUGGAUCCACAAUGCUGGAAAAGAUAAUGGACACUAAAAUUCCAACUUUCCUGCUAGAGGAGAAGAGGCUCUUGGAGCUGGACCAUGACAACGGCGCAACCAAGAUCAAAAUCCGUUAAUGAAGAAAAAUAUAAAAAAAACUCACUUGAUGCUCAGUUUUGACCACCUGAGCAACAGAACAUGCCAUUCCAAGAGAAUGUAUCUGAACUUUGUACAGUUAUGCUGUUAUAGACCACAAAGAUGGUGUUUUACUUGUUUUUUUUCUCUCUAUUUUUAUUAUAACUUUUUUUUAUUGCUGUUUGUGCUUUUUACUUGUUUUUUUGUUUUGUUUUUUUUCUCAAUAAUUAUGGUACAGCCGAAAACAAACCCCUGAACGUGCCUCCUACCAGAGAUGACAGAGUCAAAUAAUUCAAAAUCCAACCAUCACUCAGGUACGGGGUUGCGGGGAGCGUAGCGGUGAUUUCUGAGCUUAGCUACAACAGGUCCUGCUGAUGUGAAUUUCCCAAAAAACUGACAAAAGGCUUUAUGACUUGAAAGUUUUGUCCUUUUCUAGGGUAAUUAAUUGAUUUCUGCAAUCAUUUUUUAGUUUACUUUUCUUUUUUGUUUUUUAUUGCUUAGCCAAAAACGUAUUUGUAAAGCAUCUUUGUACAUUGAAAAGCACUUAAAGUUUAGCACACUUGUCAGUCUUAACAUGUGAAGCCUAAAAUGCAGCCUGUUCAGUAUUUUUAAUAUGGCUCUGUGACCUUGCUUAUAAAAUCAGCUUAUUUAUAAGUCAUCAGAACCUGCCUUUUCAGAACCAGACACUGGGAACUGUAGAGUAUCUUACACCAGGACUCUAUUUACUCAUAUUGCUUGCUGAAGAUCUUGACAGUGCUUGCAGCAACACUACUGCUUCGAGGAGGCUGCAAAGACUGAUUUUUUUUCUUUAUGGGAGAAUACUUGGAAUUUGACCACAUGCAGUGGUUGUAAUUUAUCUGUUACAAUUG